AUGAAAACCGAGUUUGAUCCCAACAAUUCUCUAUCCUGUGUGUACUGGAAUAUCAGCGAGUGGAUUGUAGAUGGUUGUUCUGUUUUAAAGUCCAACAGCAGCCACACUGUGUGUUCCUGUGAUCAUCUGUCCACAUUCGCUCUCAUUAUGCAAACCAGCCGCCCACCAGAGAGCGACUCUCCGCUGGAUCUGUUGAAUUUGGUGUGUGUGUCCGUGGGGCUGGUGUUCUUCAGUUUGGCCCUGUUGACCUUUGCCCUUUGUCAGUGGAGUCCUGGAGUGAAUAAUGUGGCUCGAAUCAACAUCUGCAUCAGUCUUCUGUUGGCUCACCUUCUGUUUCUGCUCACACAGCAGUUCCUGAGCCUCAUACGUCCUCAGCAGGUGUUGUGUGCCGUGAUCUCAGGACUUCUGCACUUCCUCUUUCUCUCCGGCUUUGUGUGGAUGUUCAUUGAAGCUGUGCUGCUCUUUAUCUGUGUGAAGAACCUAUCACAGAUCAGCUCCAAAAAGAGGGAGGUGCUUAGCAGUGGAUUCCUGUGUGUGAUUGGAUAUCUGGUUGCUCUGGUUGUGGUUUGUGUUUCUAUGGGUCUGGUUCCUGAAGGCUACGGCAGUGAAGAUUGCUGGAUUAAAAUGGAUAAAGGUUUUAUCUGGAGUUUUCUGGGACCUGUUUGUGUCAUACUAGCCUUAAACCUAGUUAUCUUCAUAAGGAUUGUCAUCACUCUGUACUCAACUCUCAAAAAUCUCAACGCUGAAGUUUCACAGAUGAAACAAACCAAGUAAUAUGCAUUGUUUGUAGUUCUACUACUCUUAACAAAACAAUAUAGUUAAAGACACAUUAACUCAUUCUUUCUCUGUUUCUCUGCAGGAUCAUGGCGUUUAAAACACUGGCUCAGUUUGUGGUUCUUGGUUGCUCCUGGAUUCUGGGUUUCUUCACUAAUGACAGUGAGGUGCUGGAGAUCCUCUUCCUGAUCUUGAACUCCCAGCAGGGAACCUUCAUCUUCUUGAUCUACUGUGUCCUCAAUAAUGAGGUCAGGCAGCAGUACAGGGAGUUCUUCAGAUGUCUUUGCAGUGGACACAAAAAACACUGAGGACUACAGCAUCAGAUUCAGGAAAUAAGCAAAGUACCAUUGUAAUACAGUAAAUUACCACUACAACAGAAUCAAUGCCUUUACAUGUUACAUGACAUUCUCUGCUUUUAUUUGUAAACUAGCAAUUUUACAAGUCUUAUUUUAUAGCCAAUAUUAAUUUUGAUGUAAAUAUGAACUUUCUUUACCUGUUGGUUUCUUUUUUCUUGUUCAAUAUUUUAACCCAUGUGUGAUUUAUUGUACUUCAGACCCCUGAAGUGAUAUUUUAAUUGCUUCUAUUAUUGUGCAAGAAUAUUUAGUGUGAAGAUGUUGAAUGAUU